CUCAAAAGCCCAAAGAGGUCUCCAAGCCGUCGAGGCCUCGAGGGUUUCGACUUUCGACUCGGGAUCUGUCUCCGGUGCCGGCGACCUGCGACGGCGAGCUCCUCCACAGUCUCCUCCCCAACCGCAUCCACCUCAGGCGAGGUUUCUCCUCUCUGAUUCAGAUAUGAAGAGGGCGGCGCCAUGGGAGGAGCCCCAGGACGUGUCUUCCGGCGGUUCUUCAAGCGCGGAUUCCGACCAAGAGGCCGGGAAGGGUAAGUUCGGGAGCGUUUCCAAAGCUGCUGCGGCAGCAGAAGAUACGAAGAGGGGGGCGCCGGGUGAGGAAGCGGAGGACGUGUCUUCUGAUGAUUCCCUGAGCUCGGAUUCUGAUGAUGAGGCUGGUAAGGGGAAUGGUUGGAACGCCUUUAGACUGCCCAAUUCCUCCAAAGCUGCUUCACCAGCAGAAGUAGCCGUGUCAAAGAGGAAGAAAACUGGUGGUGUGGAUUUCAGUGCUUUGAGCAGGCAUGGAUACCGCGGUGGUCCAUCUGUCCUGACAGUUCGUCCCCAGGAGGAAUCUAAUUGGUCAUGGUCCACUGGAAAAGAUCGUGAUGACAAAGAAGAUGCGCCUGAGUCCUAUGAAGAACGGGAGCGCACAAGGGCUGCAGUAACUGAAGGAGAGAAGCUUAUCGGUGUGCAGAAUGCACCGCUGAACCAAUUACUAUUAGAGAAAGACCAUAAGAAUGCUUCCUUCUCGCAGAAGGAGAAGCGGAAGAGGGAUCGGGGGCAGGCCAGCAGAGGGAAGAACUACGUCGAGGAGGAGAAACGGCUCCUGAGGGGGAGUGGCGUUUACUCUGGCUUUGAUAUUUGAAAGUAAACUGCUAUGAAUGCAGUGAGACUUCUAACAUGUCUGCCUACAGAGGAUUAAUCCUUGGCUUUAAGCUUCAUCGUGUGCUUUGGCUGCUGUUGUGUCGCUAGUAAAAUAGUCGUGUCUCUGAGUGUAGGGCUGGUUAGCGUUGAGCUUCCUGUGAUGUGGGACUUAAGUUUGGACUUUGGAUAUGCGUAUAUAUAUUGCAGCGAUCUAUAUGUAUUUCAUGCCCUGCUGUUUCCUUUGACGGUUGUUGGAUGGCAUUUUGGAGUUGUGACAAUGAUGGAUAUAAAUUAGGAAAUGACAAUCUCUCUAUC